UUUACAUGCGAGCACACACACACUCUCAGUCCCUGAACAGUCCUGACAUCUCCGCUCACUGUCAAUCUGUGUCUCCUUCGCAGGGAAUUUCCUCUCAAACAGAGGAACGCUGGAAAAACACACAUUCUGAGAAGAAAUUGCUUUUGGAGACCAAUUGUUUAUUUCCCAGUUUCACCAGUUUGCUCGGAAGGGCGCAGGCGGUGGAGCAGAAUGCCUCAAAAAGGAAUGAUCUAAAUAGUCAGACGCGAAUGAAGGGCUAAAUUGUUUUAAUCGGACAGUCAACUCUGUUACCAGAAUACCAUAACCAACCCACGUGGGAAUCAGGAGUGGCGUCCAUGAUGCAAAACAGUCACAGUGGCGUCAACCAGCUCGGUGGGGUGUUUGUGAACGGCAGACCGUUACCGGACUCCACCAGACAGAAGAUCGUCGAACUCGCUCACAGCGGAGCGCGACCCUGUGACAUCUCCAGGAUUCUGCAGAGCCAUGAUGAUGCAAAAGUCCAACUGGACAAUAAGAACGUGUCCAAUGGGUGUGUGAGCAAGAUUUUGGGGAGAUAUUAUGAGACAGGCUCCAUCCGACCGCGAGCCAUCGGAGGCAGCAAACCGAGGGUAGCGACGCCUGAAGUGGUCGGCAAAAUAGCUCAGUACAAGAGGGAGUGUCCCUCGAUCUUUGCCUGGGAAAUUCGGGACAGGCUGCUGUCUGAGGGGGUGUGCACCAACGAUAACAUACCGAGCGUGUCGUCGAUAAAUCGAGUCCUACGCAACCUGGCUAGCGAAAAGCAACAGAUGGGUGCAGAUGGCAUGUACGACAAACUGAGAAUGCUCAACGGGCAGAGCGGCACGUGGGGGACACGCCCGGGAUGGUACCCUGGUACAUCUGUGCCAGGACAACCAAAUCAAGAUGGUUGCCAGCAACAGGACAACGGAGGCGAGAACACUAACUCCAUUAGCUCAAACGGCGAGGAUUCAGAUGAGACUCAAAUGCGCCUGCAACUGAAAAGAAAACUGCAAAGAAACAGAACGUCGUUCACGCAGGAGCAGAUCGAAGCCCUGGAAAAAGAGUUUGAAAGAACCCACUAUCCAGAUGUUUUCGCAAGAGAAAGACUUGCAGCAAAAAUCGACCUUCCAGAAGCUAGAAUACAGGUAUGGUUCUCAAACAGAAGAGCGAAAUGGAGAAGGGAAGAGAAGCUGAGGAACCAGCGACGACAAGCCAGCAACUCCUCCAGUCACAUUCCCAUCAGCAGCAGUUUCAACACAAGCGUCUACCAGGCAAUCCCACAACCCACCACUCCUGUGUCCUUCACAACAGGGUCAAUGCUAGGCCGAUCAGACACGGCUCUGACCAACACGUACACGGGUUUGCCUCCGAUGCCCAGCUUCACAAUGUCUAACAACCUGUCUAUGCAACCAAGCCAGACAUCUUCCUAUUCCUGCAUGCUGCCCACCAGUCCGUCCGUGAAUGGGCGAAGCUACGACACAUACACACCCCCUCAUAUGCAGGCACACAUGAACAGCCAAACAAUGGCAACUUCUGGUACCACCUCAACAGGACUCAUCUCCCCAGGAGUAUCUGUCCCUGUCCAAGUUCCCGGAACUGAGCCAGACAUGUCUCAGUAUUGGUCAAGAUUACAGUAAAGAAAAGAGUUACUUCGCCCUUUGACUUCCACACAGAGACUAAGAGAGAAGCUGGACCUCUGCAGCAGUAUUUCCACAAACACACAGACAUACACAAAUACCAGGACGGGGAACCGUGUGGACUCUUGUCACGGUCUGGAAACUUUGCGGCACUACCUUUAAGAGGAACAGCGGACGCUUAUACUUAAUGGAACAAAAACAACAAACCUCUGCUACAUCCACGAUCUCCAUUUUUAUUUUUUUCGUAUUUGUACAUUGGCAUUUACAAGUAAAGACGAAAAGACAAUUCAACAGCCAAAAAUAUGUUGGUCUUGCAUCCAUUUGAAUUAGCGGAGAACCAUAUUUUGUGACUGUUUUCUAAUGUCAGGAUUACGGAUCAGACUUCAGGCCCAUAUCAAAGCAGCGAAGCAGAAACAUACUGGCAGGAAAUGCCUAUUCGUAAAUAUUUUCAACCCACAACGGCUUCAAUUAAUAACACUACUGUAUCAAGGAACAACAGCCAUUAUGUAAAUUACUGAGGACUUUAUAAUUACGUACAUGGGUUUGGAGUUGGGUAAACGGAUUCUCGUGCUUGAUCAUUUAUAACUGUGACGUCAGAGGAACGGGAAGUUAUAAUACGGUAGAGUUUGCAAUCAAAAUAACAUUCAUCCAUUUUGCUUCUGUCCAAUUGUAAGUAUUUGUUCUCCCUAGAAGUUCCCUCACGGGAUUAUCGCAGAACAUAAAUAUAUUUCUCACUUUUAUUGCCCCUGAGAAAAAAUCUAUAAAUGUUUUAUACGGAUUUUCAUGCAUAGUAAAAAAAAAACGGGG